AUGCUGACACAACCAGUAACGCCGUUAAAACGAAGCCACAGCAUCGCCAUUGCCUGCCCCACGUCUGCCAAUGGCUCCGACUUGCUGCCAUCGGCAUUUGCGCUCAAUACUCCUCCGGACUCGGAACGUAUCAAACGAGGCCGUGUGGACGGAGGCCCCAACGUCACUCUCAACCACUGCAGUAGCAGCAACAACAACGGCAACAACAACGGCAACAACAACGGCGGCAUGAUGCCCCAGCAUCCCGGCAUGCGACGGGCCAACUCGUGCGUCGACUCCUUCUCCUCCUUCCCCGUCAACUCGGCCUUCCCUUCGGGCCAGUUUUCGUUCCAGGACGCAGAACCUCAACAGCACCAGCAGCUCCAACAACAGCAACACACUAAUACUCACAACAACAAGCCCAUGUACGCUGAGUUCAAGCUCGACGUGGUGCCCGCUGCACCGGUCAAGUCCGAGCCCGCCACGCCGCUCAAGUCGGACCCCUUCACAGACACUUCCUUCCGGUCCAUGCUCCCCACCGUGCCCGGAUCGCCCAGUGUCAAGGUCGAGGAGGACCUCUCAGGCUCCAAUUCGCACUCCAACUCGCAGACCAACUCGGCCUCGUCCAGCCCCGACUCUAAAACCGACGACGCCAACCAGUCCCCCACUUCCAUGCCCGCUCUCACCAACUGGGAGGCUUACACAAAGUACCUGAAGCGGCAGAAGAAGGAGCGAGGCGACGUGAACCCUUCCAUCUGGUCCACCGACGUCGAGCAGGCCUUCAUGGAGGCGCUCAAAGUGAUCCCUUGUGUUGGUCGUCGAAAGAUUGUCAUCAACGGACGAACUUGCGGCCGAAACGAGCUCAUUUCCGAGUACAUUUUUAAGAAGACUGGCAAGCAACGAACUCGAAAGCAGGUUUCGUCGCACAUUCAGGUCCUCAAGAACCUGCUCAAGGACGACAAGCAUUUCAUGUCGCUGCUGCUUGGGGAUGAGGGCUCCAACCCCAAUGGCGAUAUUGUUGUUUCCGAGAAGGUGAUUCGAACCACCGCCAAGCCUCUGGCCCAGCCUGUUUCCCAGCAGCAGCAGCAACCCAACACCAUCUCGCCUCCUCCCGCAUGUCACUCUACUCCCCGAAGCCACAGACAGCUCGGAUACGCCAUCCAGCGACCCCCUUCUUCGCCUGCAGUGCUGGGAGGUUCCUCUGGUGGCUCACACGGCAUGCACAGUGGUGGACCCGGUCGACCUCUCUUCAUGUCGCCCCCCACCCCCAGCUUCUCUCCCCACCACUUUUGUCUGUGGCAUGAGGACGAGGCUCCCCACGUGUACUGCCAGUCGAUGCGACAGCCAAUGUCCACUCCUCUGAGACCCAAGGGAUUGGCCACCGUGCAGCAGCAGUUCCCUGACUCGAUGUACUUUGCACAGACCGGCGUGCCCGUCAUCCACGCCAAGGCCGCUCUGUACCUCCCUGAGCACUCUUCCUCCACUGGCAACACUCCCGAGCUCAAGACCCAGAGUCAGUUUGUGGUGUCGCCGCCACAUUUCGAGACUCCUCCUUCAUCGCGGUUUUGGAUGUGCGAGACCCGGGUGUGGACGCUGGGCCACGAGAUUCUGCAGCUCCGAAACCUGGUGCCCGCAGCUCCCCAGCACGACAACAGUGGCACACCCAAGGAGCGGUUGUUGUUGCCCAUGGCUGGCGAUUUCUGGUCUGCCUUUGUCGCUGGUAUCAGUGACAGCUCCACCACUUCCAGCCAGGAGGUAGCCACCGCUGCCAUCGGUGGCAUCACCAUGCAACAGGUCAUAUACUGUCUGCCCGGUGAUGCUGCUCAGUUCGACGUCUCCUGCACCGACGAGAUCCAGAGCCGUCCUCACGGUGUGCUUCUGUGGGAAUUUGCAAAGGCUGAGGAUGCCUUUAGUGCCCAGGUGGUGUUCCGACGGGUAGGUGGUAUGGAUUCUCCCGUCUCUGAUGUUUCGCCCGGUUCCUCGCUGCCUCAGGGCGUACAGAGCGUUGGUUCCACAAGCGCUCAGGGUGGUGUGCAGGGACCUCCCAACUCUGCCUCGUCCAUCCCUGUGGCGGCCCCUAUUCCCACUCCGGCUACCCCUGGCCAGGGCGUGGGUUCGUCGUCGGAUUACUAUUACCCUAUGACUCGGUCCAUGUCGGCUGUGGGUAUGUCGUACGACGUGCUGGACGCGCCCUUUGAGGCUGCUCCUCCCAUGACUCGUACUCUCACGGACUCGUCGUGGAACAAUCACCCUGGUACCCCCGGAGGUCGAAUGAUGCCCACCAAGUCGGAAACUCCCACUCCCCGGGUCGACCUUGGCCACAUGAGCCACAUGGAUAUGGACAAUGACCUGUUUUACCCACUCAAGUCCGCUCCCGCCACAUAUAAUGGCAAGUUCCCGCCCGGGUGCGACUUCUGGCAGUCGUAG